UUCUGACUGCCAAUGCCAGAAGCAACCGCACGCACCGUGUCUUUAUAUUUGUUUUGUCAGAAACAGAUUACCGAAAACGGUUGCGUUGCGCUUCGUAUGUGCGUGAAACGGCAAUUCCAAUUUCAAAUUUUUGCUUCUAUUUUGUGUAAUUGAAAUUAAAAAAAAAGUGAAAUAUGUUCUGCCAGUUACAUUUAUGGAUGUUUGCGUUUGUUUUAUACAGUGCAAUACAGAUUUCGCAUUCUGCUUUCUUGAGAUGUUAUAAAGGAUCACUCACGAACUUCGUCACGACACCGCUGGACCAGCCUCUACUCCUGGCGAACUCCACUUGCAUCGACAGAUCGCUACCCACCAUUAUCUAUACCUUCGGGUACAGGGGUCGUGUAGCUGGUCCAGCUACCACAGCUGUUAUGACCGCUUACCUGGCCAAGAGGAAAAGGAAUGUGGUCCUAUUGGAUUGGGAAGAGGAAGCUAAGAGUGGGGUGCUGGGCAUACCACUCGGGUAUAUGUUGUCGGCUGCGCCUAAGUCUAGAAAGAUCGGAGACAAUUUAGGCGAAGCCCUAGUGACGUUAGCUCAAGCAGGCCUGAACAUGACCCAGGUGCACCUCAUAGGCCAUUCCCUGGGGGCUCACAUCAUGGCCUUCGCAGGGAAAUGGGCCCGUGAGAAGGGCCACGUCGUGUCACGCAUAACAGGCCUGGACCCCGCGCGAGCCCUGUUCGAAGGAUCACUAACAGUCCAGUCUGGACUUGACCGCACCUGCGCCAAGUUCGUAGACGUCGUCCACAGCGACCCAGGGGGUUAUGGGACCAGCAAACCCACGGGAACCGUCGACAUCUGGCCGAACUACGCUGGGAAUGGCGGAUCGCAACCUGGAUGCCCCAACGGAGACUUUGACAUGUUUUCUGCUGAAGACAUUAAUAAUGCAGACGGUGAUGAUACGAGACAAGUCGAAAAUAUGACAAAAUUACAAAAGAUCAUUAGAACAAUGAAACCCAACCUGUGCAACCACGACCGAUCAUGGCAAUACUUCGUGGAAGCUAUCGCUCAUCCAACGGCUUUCCCUGCUGCGGCCGCUGUCAACUACGACAGCUGGGCAAGUAGCGGGGGAAAUACCACGGAGACCAUCUACUUGGGAGACUUGACAAACCCAAGGGCUAGAGGCAACUUCUACUUGAUCACAAACUCCAAGCCGUUCUUUGGCAAAGGCCAAGAAGGUCUAAAACCAGACGACAACGCGGCCCGAAGACGCCGCCACUCGACCCUGACAAGGUUGCUCAAGUACCUUAGAUGAUACGUGGCUCGGAGUGUGCAGGCAGCCUUCGGUGUCAUUACCAGGACUAUAAGACUAGUUUUAUAAGUUGAAAGACGUAUUCUCAUCGUAUUGAAAAGUUAGGAUCUGUGUUGAGCUUGUGUUAAGUCGGUGAGGAUACACAUAUCACGUCCUAACGGGGUAGAUAGACCGUUAGUCCCAAGAUUCUUCUUCUUCUUUCAGGAGUUAAUGUCGGUUACAGCUUCAAUUCUUUAGAAAGGAGAUGAGAUGCGCCUUUUAACCAUGAUUCUGGGUUGGGGUCAGGUUUUUACACGAAGCGACUCCCGUCUGACCUCCGCAACCUUUGCAGGGGAACCUCACCCGUGUUGGAUAAUGGCAAAAGCUGUGUUAUAUGUGAAACUUAUAACUUUCAGUAUUUAAAUAUUAAUUAUUAAGAUACAUAUUGUCAUGUCUUCAGACUUGAUCAGAGAGAUUGUAUAGAGUGUAAUAAAUGCGGUUUGUGUACUUUAUGGUACAUCCAAAGAUUUUCAUUAUAUUCUGUUCAAAUUAAUUAUAAUUUCGGGAUAAUUUGUUGUU